AUGCAGUUCCUUCCCGCUUGGGAGGACCGCAUGGACAACCCAAGCGGCAACACCCUUGGCCGCAUCAGCGCCAUGUACUCGAUCGGGUCUAUCGCUUCGCUCCCAUUUGUGCCCUUGAUCAGCGAUCCGUUCGGGCGUAGAGCGGCCAUCAUCACUGGAUGCUUCAUCAUGGUCGCAGCCGCUUCCAUCCAAGCUGCCUCCAUCAAUCAGUCCAUGUUCGAAGGGGCUCGCUUCUUCAUGGGGUUUGGCAACUCAUUGGCGCAGCUCUCAGCUCCUUUGCUGGUGACGGAGAUCUGCCAUCCUCAGCACCGUGCUCGGGUGACUGCCAUCUACAACUGCCUGUGGAAUGCCGGUGCUCUCAUCUGUUCGUGGAUUUCUUUCGGCACUUCGACAGUCGACGGCGAUUGGUCUUGGAGGGCGCCGACUUUGAUCCAGGCCCUGCCAUCCGUUAUUCAGCUUACUUUCAUAUGGUUUAUCCCGGAGUCUCCACGAUGGCUGAUAUCAAAGGACCGUAACAACGACGCUCUCGACAUGCUUGGCAAAUAUCACGCGGACGGGAACACCAACGAUCCGACCGUCCAGUUCGAGUAUGCCGAGAUCAGGGAGACAAUCCGCCUUGAGUUCCUCGCAAAGAAGUCUUCGAGCUACCUUGAUUUCUUCAAGAGCAAAGGGAUCUAUGCCGCUGCCGGUGUCGACGGCACUCGUGCUGGCCUUGGUCUUGACGGAGGUAAUAAGGUGCUGGCGCUAAUCGUCUCAAUCACCUGCGCAUUGCUCAUCGACAAGGUCGGAAGACGCCCGCUCUUCUUGGCUGCCACUGGUGGUAUGCUUCUGUUCUUCAUGGCAGCUACCAUCGCUGGCUCGCAGUACUCCAAGACUGGAAAUCAGGGCACCGGCAUUGCUGUCAUUGUCUUCUUCUGGCUCCACGGUGUCGCUUAUGCCUUCGCCUGGUCCGGUCUGCUGGUUGCAUAUACCGUGGAGAUAAUGCCCUUCAAGCUUCGAGCCAAGGGAUUGGUCAUCAUGAAUGUCGCCAUUCAAGUAGCACUGGUUAUCAACAACUAUGUCAAUCCCAUCCCUCUCGAUGGUGCAUGGAGUGGCGAAGAGUGGAAGUUGUACUGCGUGUAUACCGCUUGGAUUGCCCUUGAGCUUGUCUUCGUCUGGUUCCUCUAUGUUGAGACGAAAGGCCCGACCCUUGAAGAGAUUGCUCGCAUUUUUGACGGCGACCAGGCCGAGGUUGGCGUUACCGAUGUUAAAGCUGUUCCGCGCUUCUCGAGUGACAAGUUUGAGGACUCGAAGGCGGAGGAGAUGGAUGUUGACCGAAAGGAGAUGGUUCGUAAUUGA